AGGCAGGAAGGAGUUGGAUAACUGUAUAGUUCCAUCCUGCAGCCAUUCCGAACCUCCCUACUAUGUCUGCGAACACUAUUGCUCUCAAAGACGGCCGCGUCCAGAACCGUGUUGAGAACUACACCAAGUUCUGGAAGAAGGAUCUCAAGACUGAAGGACAGUCGGACAACGACGCCCGCCUGGACAAGUACACCGACGUCGUUAACGGCUACUACGAUGGUGCGACGCAGCUCUACGAGUACGGCUGGUCCCAGUCGUUCCACUUCUCCCGGUUCUACAAAGGCGAAGCCUUCGCCGCGUCUCUUGCCCGACACGAACACUACCUCGCAGCCCAGAUGAAGCUCCGACCUGGUAUGCGCGUCCUCGACGUGGGUUGUGGAAUUGGCGGCCCUGCGAGGGAGAUCGCCCAAUUCUCCGACGUCGAGAUCGUGGGUCUUAACAAUAACGAGUUCCAAGUCCAGCGUGCUAGAAGGUAUACCAAGCAAGCUGGUCUAGAGGGGAAUGUUACCUUUGUCACUGGGGACUUUAUGAAGCUUGUGGAGCAGUUUGGAGCGGAUUCCUUCGAUGCUGUGUACGCCAUCGAGGCGACCGUUCACGCGCCUAGCUGGGAAGGUGUCUACGGAGAAAUAUUCAAAGUUUUGAAGCCUGGCGGUGUCUUCGGCGUCUACGAAUGGUGUAUGACCGACGAGUGGGACCCAUCUAUCCCCUCGCACAAAGAGCUCGCCCACCGCAUCGAGCUAGGCAACGGUAUCCCCGAAAUGCGGCCUCUCCGGCAAGCACGACGUGCCCUUCAAGACGUUGGAUUCAAGAUCGAACACGAGGAAGAUCUCGCAGCUCGACCCGACCCCGUUCCCUGGUACUAUCCCCUCGAAGGUGACUUCUCCAAAGCGCAGACUGCCUGGGACUAUUUGACGGUUUGGAGGACUAGUUGGAGCGGACAACUGGUGACGCACAAUGUGCUGAGGGCCAUGGAGUGGAUCGGUCUCGUGCCGAAGGGGACGCAUGAUGUGGGCGAGUCGCUGAGGCUUGCUGCAGCCGCUUUGGUGGAGGCGGGACAGGCUAAGUCGCAAGCCAAGGAACUGAACGCCAUGGGAUUCGAGGACGUCUAUUGAUCCGGUAGUUUGUGCUGUGUGCUGUCCAGGACCCCAUCCUCCAUCCAUGUGUGUAGAGCCGUGGUAGUGCUGAACUAUGCUCUGUAUUUCACUUCUAACAGCCGCAGGUGACGUCGUUGUGACGCGCCACAUAGCCGACAGAUCCGCAUGUAAGCACUGUUAAGCGCCCAUAGCCCUGGGGUUGUUCUCCCCCGCC